UCUGAGGUCCGGGGGGACUAAGAAUAGACCACAUAGCUAUGACAAAGCACACGACUUGAAUAACGCAACAGAAUCUUGGCCGAUUAACUCUAAAAAUCAUUGUAUUAUUUCUCUCUUGAAGCUGCGAUACGUUGGAUUGUAAAUCUACGAUGAAAUUUUGGUCGUAAAGAUAGCGUUUAUAGCCUGAUAGGUUCGUCUUUUCUUAUCAACUGCUUAUUUCAAGAUAUAUUGGAAUUGUAAGGAGAGGCUGCAUAUUGAUCAAAUCUUGGAGAUAGAGGAACGCAAAGUUAUCGAUCUAUUUUUACUGGCUGUGGUCAGAUUACGGCGAUCAGUCGGAGAGAUAAGGUUUGAUACACAACACAAUUUGAAACAUCAUUGUGGCUUUUUGUCAAUACAAACAUUGCUUGUGUCUAUUGCCGGAUCUCGCUGUCACGCCUGAUGCACCUAAAUUACGUCAAAUUUGAAUUAAUGUGCCCAGAAUAAACGUCAGGUUUUAGCUAAAUCCGGUUACUUUGCAGAAAAGUUUUGACACAAUAAUAAAAAUCGUCAUAACUUGUAACAAGAGAGCAAUUACGUCGAAACACGAAGCUGACUCAUAGGCAAGACAGCAAUCUACGGAGAGCACGAGCGAGGAGGAGGACUCAGAAACUCAGCCGAGCGUUGUGAUCAGCUCUGUUGAUGAGAUUAUGGAGUCGGAAAGACCCGCAUUUUGUUUCAAUGAAGAAGAGCGAAAGUUGAAGACGUUUCACGAACGCAAAACAGACCUAGACGCGGCAAUCAAAUGGAUUGUGAAAGAAAUCAAAUUUCUCAAGCAGCAAGACCAGAACCUUAUGAAGCAGUUUGUACAACUCCGAGGUGUUCUCAACUCAAUCAGGAAUUGCCCGCCUCCAGUGUCUCCAAUCGAUCGAAAGAUCAGUCUUCCCGACACCUCUCCGAGUUCACCAAUCAGUCCAUUUUAUCGGAUUCCCGAAAAGUCUUCGGAGACGUAUUACAGAGACGAAGCCUCUCCGGGUCUCCGAAAAAGGGCAGCGUCAGAUAACUCGGGAAGGCCACUUCUGACUUAUUCCAUGUCUUCAUUGUCUUUUGACGAAAGCGACUUCACAAACGAAAACUUUGAGCACUUUGUGAUAUAAAAAAAAAUUAUAGAAGAUGGACUAAGACUUAUGAACAUAGUUUAACGAAUAGCUUUUUCGCGCAAUCGGAUUUAAAUAUUUGUAAAUUUUUGUAAAGAUUAAUUUCCAGAGUUGAGAUUUAAUAAAGUUCGGCAUUAUCGUGUA